UAGCGUGAGUGCAUCUCUAUUCAUGUUGGCCAGGCUGGAGUUCAGAUAGGAAAUGCAUGCUGGGAACUCUUCUGCCUGGAGCAUGGCAUUCAGCCAGACGGCACCUUCAAGGAUCUGCACGAUAAACUCAACUAUGAUGACUCUUUUACCACAUUUUUCAAUGAAACAGUCACUGGGAAGCAUGUGCCACGGGCUGUAAUGGUGGACUUGGAACCAACAGUAGUAGAUGAAGUGCGGGCUGGCACCUUCCGAGAACUUUUUCAUCCAGAACAGCUGAUCACUGGAAAAGAAGAUGCAGCUAAUAACUAUGCCCGUGGCCACUACACCAUUGGCAAAGAAAGCAUUGAUAUGGUGCUUGAUCGUGUCCGUAAGCUGACUGAUGCCUGUUCUGGACUGCAAGGAUUCCUGAUCUUCCACAGCUUUGGUGGGGGUACCGGCUCUGGCUUUACCUCCUUACUAAUGGAACGCCUCUCUGUGGAUUACGGAAAGAAGUCCAAACUAGAGUUUGCUAUCUACCCAGCCCCUCAGGUCUCCACUGCUGUGGUGGAGCCCUACAAUUCCAUCCUGACCACACACACCACCCUGGAGCAUUCGGACUGCGCCUUCAUGGUGGAUAAUGAGGCUAUCUACGAUAUCUGCCGCCGAAACCUGGACAUCGAGCGCCCCACUUACACUAACCUCAACCGCCUCAUCAGCCAGAUCGUCUCCUCCAUCACCGCCUCGCUGCGCUUCGAUGGUGCCCUCAAUGUGGAUCUGACGGAGUUCCAGACAAACCUGGUGCCCUACCCGCGCAUCCACUUCCCCUUAGUGACGUACGCCCCCAUCAUCUCCUCUGACAGAGCAUAUCACGAGCAGCUCUCGGUGGCUGAAAUCACCAGCUCCUGCUUUGAGCCCAACAACCAGAUGGUGAAGUGUGACCCAAGACAUGGGAAGUACAUGGCCUGCUGCAUGCUCUACCGUGGCGAUGUAGUUCCCAAAGAUGUCAAUGUAGCAAUUGCUGCCAUCAAGACCAAGAGAACUAUCCAGUUUGUCGACUGGUGUCCAACAGGCUUCAAGGUUGGGAUCAACUAUCAGCCUCCUACAGUAGUUCCUGGCGGAGACCUAGCCCAAGUUCAGCGAGCAGUCUGCAUGCUGAGCAACACCACGGCCAUUGCAGAGGCUUGGGCAAGGCUUGACCACAAGUUUGAUCUGAUGUAUGCCAAGAGAGCUUUUGUGCACUGGUAUGUGGGUGAAGGUAUGGAGGAGGGAGAAUUCGCAGAGGCGCGAGAGGACCUGGCUGCCCUGGAGAAAGACUAUGAAGAAGUCGGAACUGACUCAUUUGAAGAAGAAAAUGAUGGGGAGUAA